UCCGACCUUGCUGCGGCGCAGCCGGGGGCGGGAGGCCCGGAGGAGCGGCGGGAGGAGGGAGGGGCGGAGCGAGCGCAGCGCCGGGCGCAGUCUCCAAUGAGCCGCGCGGAACCGGCGCCCCUGAGGACCCCAGCCCGCUGUUCCCCCUCCCCACGGCCCACCUGGUGCCAGGUAAGGGAAAAGGUCUGGCCUCGCCCUACAGACAAUGGCCUUGCCCCCAUGAGCUAGAGCCUGCCCCUCGGUGCCUGCCCACCCCUGGCCAGCAGGAUGCAGCUGUGGAAGGCAGUGGUGGUGACCCUGGCCUUCAUGAGUUUGGACGUCGGCAUGACCACGGCCAUCUACAUCCUUAGCCACCUGGACCGCAGCCUGCUGGAGGACAUCCGCCACUUCAACAUCUUUGACUCGGUGCUGGACCUCUGGGCGGCCUGCCUGUACCGCAGCUGCCUGCUGCUGGGGGCCACCAUCGGCGUGGCCAAGAACAGCACCCUGGGGCCCCGGAGGCUGCGGGCCUCGUGGACGGUCAUCGCCCUUGUGUGCCUCUUUGGGGGCAUCUACACCAUGGUGAAGCUGCUGCUCUUCUCCGAGGUACGCAAGCCAGUCCGGGACCCAUGGUUUUGGGCCCUCUUCGUGUGGACCUACAUUUCACUCGCUGCCUCCUUCCUGCUCUGGUGGCUGCUGUCCACGGUGCAGCCAGACGCCAAGGCCCUCGGGCGGGGUGCUGGGGCCGAGGGCGAGGGUGAGGGCGAGGGCUUCCCUGGGGAGGACCGGCCCGCACCCGAGCAGGCAUCCGGGGCCACGCUGCAGAAGCUGCUGUCCUACACCAAGCCCGACAUCGCCUUCCUCGUGGCGGCCUCCUUCUUCCUCAUCGUGGCGGCUCUGGGAGAGACCUUCCUUCCCUACUACACUGGCCGGGCCAUCGACGGCAUCGUCAUCCAGAAAAGCAUGGAGCAGUUCAGCACGGCUGUCAUCGUCUUGUGUGUGCUGGCCAUCGGCAGCUCAUUUGCCGCAGGUAUUCGGGGCGGCAUUUUUACCCUCAUAUUUGCCAGACUGAACAUUCGUCUCCGUAACCGUCUCUUCCGCUCGCUGGUGUCUCAGGAGACAAGCUUCUUUGACGAGAAUCGCACAGGGGACCUCAUCUCCCGCCUCACCUCGGACACCACCAUGGUCAGCGACCUGGUCUCCCAGAACAUCAACAUCUUCCUGCGGAACACGGUUAAGGUCACAGGCGUAGUGGUCUUCAUGUUCAGCCUCUCGUGGCAACUCUCGUUGGUCACCUUCAUGGGGUUCCCCAUCAUCAUGAUGGUGUCCGACAUCUAUGGCAAGUACUACAAGAGGCUCUCCAAAGAGGUCCAGACUGCUCUGGCCAGAGCCAGCAGCACAGCCGAGGAGACCAUCAGCGCCAUGAAGACAGUGCGGAGCUUUGCCAACGAGGAGGAGGAGGCGGAGGUGUACUCGCGGAAGCUGCAGCAGGUGUACAAGCUGAACAGGAAGGAGGCCGCAGCCUACAUGUACUACGUCUGGGGCAGCGGGCUCACGCUGCUUGUGGUCCAGGUCAGCAUCCUCUACUACGGGGGCCACCUCGUCAUCUCGGGGCAGAUGACCAGUGGCAACCUCAUCUCCUUCAUCAUCUAUGAGUUUGUCCUGGGAGAUUGUAUGGAGUCUGUGGGCUCUGUCUACAGCGGCCUGAUGCAGGGAGUAGGGGCCGCCGAGAAGGUGUUCGAGUUCAUUGACCGGCAGCCGACCAUGGUGCACGACGGGAGCUUGGCCCCUGACCACCUGGAGGGCCGGGUGGACUUUGAGAACGUGACCUUCACCUACCGCACUCGGCCCCACACCCAAGUCUUGCAGAACGUGUCCUUCAGCCUGUCCCCAGGAAAGGUGACUGCACUUGUGGGGCCGUCGGGCAGUGGGAAAAGCUCGUGCGUCAACAUCCUGGAGAACUUCUACCCCCUGGAGGGGGGCCAGGUGCUGCUGGACGGGAAGCCCAUUGGCGCCUAUGACCACAAGUACUUACACCGCGUGAUCUCCCUGGUGAGCCAGGAGCCAGUGUUGUUCGCCCGCUCCAUCACAGACAACAUCUCCUAUGGCCUGCCCACUGUGCCCUUCGAGACAGUGGUGGAGGCUGCCCAGAAGGCCAACGCCCACGGCUUCAUCAUGGAGCUGCAGGACGGCUACAAUACAGAGACAGGGGAGAAGGGUGCCCAGCUGUCCGGGGGCCAGAAGCAGCGGGUGGCCAUGGCCCGGGCUCUGGUGCGGAACCCACCCGUUCUCAUCCUGGACGAAGCCACCAGCGCCCUGGAUGCGGAGAGCGAGUAUCUGGCGCUGUUCUGGAUGCCAGGGUCACAUUGGCCCCUGCCCCCAAGGUGUUUCCAGUCCAGGGUGAGAGACAGAUCACAAGGAGACAAGGAUCCAGCAGGCCAUCCACGGCAACCUGCGGAAACACACGGUGCUCAUCAUCGCGCACCGGCUGAGCACGGUGGAGCGGGCGCACCUCAUCGUGGUGCUCGACAAGGGCCGCGUGGUGCAGCAGGGCACACACCAGCAGCUGCUGGCCCAGGGCGGCCUCUACGCCAGGCUGGUGCAGCGGCAGAUGCUGGGGCUUGAGCCCGCCGCGGACUACACAGCCGGCCACAGGGAGCCGCCGGCCAACGUCAGUCACAAGGCCUGACCGCAGGGCCCCGCCUCUCCUGGUGGGGCAGAGGCCCCGGAGCCGGCCCGGCAGAGUUGCCCACGGGGUUCCCCCAUCACGGCCACCCCCGCUGCCCUCUGAGCCCAAGCCCACGGCACUGGAGGGGGAGGGCCAGCUGCCCUGCCCCGCGAGUCACCGCUUCCUGCAUCUCUUCCCCGGGUCCCUGCCCUGUUUCCCGGGCCACCACCGGCCCCCUGCUGCCAUGAGCCACCCCCGCCAGUCUGGGCAAGGAGAUACCACUGGUCUCUCGGGCUGGUCUCCUGAAGCUUCUAGGCGAAGGUAGAACUACCUUUUUAAACCAAGGUCUUAACCAGGUUUUUUUACUGCUUGGUUCAAUGGCCCCCAUCAACUCCUAGAUUUCAAAAACAUUUUUCUAAUUGGGAGUAAUGAUGGGCAAGGUCCCUGAGAUGUUCUGGACACUUCUGAGCCGGGAGUAAAUGACCCUCCCCCCUAAGAGCCUGGGGGGAUGUCAGGGAGAACUGGGCCUCUGCUGUUUGCCCCUGGAGAGAAGGGGCUUCCCAGGCCCUGUGGUGGUGGGAACACGGCGGGGUGGGGAGACUUCCUGUCUUGCCCUCUUCCCAACUUUGUGAGUCAGGCCAAUGGUAGGUGGGGAGUGGAAGGCGCCUGCCUGCCCAUCACCCUCCAAAUCUAAGCCAGUCUCACUGUGAACCACUACUAAACCUUAACUAGGGGAGUGAGGGGCUGGCCAGGCCUGGCGGAGCCUCGGGGGGUCCCCGGCCCAGCGCCCAGCUUGAGCCCCUCCCGCUGGCUUGCCCCUCCCCGCGCCCUCUCCCCUGGCUGGCAGCCCCCUCCCCACAUCCACCCCGCCGCUCUGCCGUUCUGAGGCGCUCUGGACGUCUAGGAGUCCGGUGCACGGGACGCUGGCAAAGCCCAGGUCUGGCUUUGUAGUGGGGUUGCGAGAUGUUGGGAGAACCCGGUCAAUAAAGUAUACUACCUCUCA